UCAGUCAAUUUUUUUUGUUUCUGCGGUGCUCUCCGCCGCGUUUUCGUAAAAUAUAAAUAAUAGUAGUGAAUAGUUAGUGUGUGUUGACAACAAAAUUAGUAGUCUGGCUGCGCCAGAGCACAAAUGUUAAUUAGCUUAUAUACAACUUACAACCCGAAACAGCGAAACCAGAAAUAUUCGCAGCCAGUUCUUUGUGUAGUUUCUCGCCAGAAACGGUAAAUUGCAAGUAACGGUGCAGCACCUGACCUCGACCUACACAACAAACACAUUGAAACACCGCAGUGAUUUGUUGUUGCCGGCUGUGUUUGCUUCAUUGAUUUUCACGAAGAAGAGGAAGGAGGGGAGAGAGAGCAAAAGGAGAAACCGAGUGCAGUGCCCCUCGCCCGCGUGCGAGUAACGGUGAAUCCCGGACCCAGAUCUCCCAAAAUCACAUCAUGAACCGCACCAGAAAGAAGGUCGUCCGCCCCAAGAAUCCCUACACCGAGGCCAGCUUCUUCUCACAAUGGAGCUUCUGGUGGAUGCGAGAUCUGUUCAAACGUGGCCUCAAGGGUCCCUUGACGGACGAGGAGCUGUACCAGCACAGGAAAACCCUGGACAGCGAACGGGUGACGAACAAGUUCGCCGAGCUGUGGGACGAUGAGCUGAAGCGAGAUGAUCCCAGCGUGGUGAGGAUGAUAUUGCGGGCAUACGGAAAGAUAUUUGUGCCCUUGGGAUUGGCCUUUUCCCUGGCCGAGACGGUUUGCAAAUCCUGCAUGCCGCUGUUCCUGGGUAACCUCGUCGGCUACUUUGCCGUAAAUCAAACGGAGAUUAGUGAACAGACGGCGUAUCUGUACGCCAUAGGAAUUGUGAUAUGCAUGCUGGUGCCGGUGCUGACCUUCCAUCCGUUCAUCUUCUACAUCUUCCAAGUGGGCACCAAGCUCCGCCUGGCCCUGUCCGGUCUCAUCUACCGCAAGGUACUGCAAGUCUCCAAGAGCAGUAGCAACGACGGCCUGCGCGGCAGAGCCAUCAAUAUCCUGUCCAAUGAUCUCGGUCGCUUCGAUGUGGCGCUAUGCUUUCUCCACGACACGUGGAAGGGUCCGAUGGAGUCACUAAUCAUUGGGUUCCUCAUGUACCGCCAGAUUGGCAUAUCCGCUGUGAUCGGAGUCUCCUUCAUGCUCAGCUUUAUACCGCUGCAGGCGUGGGCCGCCAAAAAGGCAGCUUACUAUCGCCAGAUGACGGCGGAACGGACGGAUCUCCGAGUGAAGCUGAUGAACGAGAUCAUUCAGGGCAUCCAGGUGAUCAAGAUGUACGCGUGGGAGCGUAGCUUCGCUCGCGUCAUAGCUGAAGUGCGCCUAAAGGAGGUGAAAGCCAUUCGGGGCACAGCUUAUAUCCAUGCCGCUCUUGGCUGCACCUCCAUGAUAUCCCCAUUGUCCGUGUUCCUGGCCUUGUGCUCCUACGUUUACCUGGGCGACCCACUGACCGCCCAAAAGGUGUACACCGUUUCCUCGUACUUUAACAUGCUCAACGACUCGAUGGUGACAUUUUGGCCCAUGUCCAUUACCUUUAUUGCCGAGGCCUUGGUGUCCGCCAAGCGCUGCAAGGAGUUCCUGCUGGACGGAGACCGAGCGGAGGUUCCCAUUAACCUGGAGGCCAAUCAGCAAACGGCCAAGAACAAGCGCAAGAUCACCAAGGAGGACAAGCAGAUGAAUGUCGAGCUGAAUGGCUCUCUGCUGUCCAAUGGCAUAAUUACUCAGCACAAUCGUCUGCGGGACUACGACCCGGAGGCUACCAAGAAGUGCGUGGUGCUCAAGAAUGUCUCGGCUUCCUGGGACACGUGCGACGGUCAUGCCAACUGUGCCAUCGAGGACUUUAGUACGGACAUUCCGGAUAAAACGCUGACUGCUGUCGUUGGACCCGUGGGGGCGGGCAAGUCCAGCUUCCUGAACGUCCUGCUCGGCGAGGUGGGCAUCGACAAGGGCGAGGCCAUGGUCCACGGCAAGGUAUCGUACGCCUCCCAGGAGCCCUGGGUCUUUGAGGGCACCAUCCGGGAUAAUAUUGUCUUUGUGGAGGAUUACAACGAGCGGCGCUACAAGAAGGUGGUAAAGGCUUGCGGUCUGGAGCGCGACAUGGAGCUGCUGCCUCGCGGAGACUUGACAGUGGUUGGCGAGCGCGGAGUGAGUCUGAGUGGCGGGCAAAAGGCCAGAGUAAGCCUGGCCAGAGCUGUCUACCGCAAGGCGGAUAUCUACCUGCUGGACGACCCGCUCUCCGCCGUGGACACGCACGUAGGCAAGCACAUCUUUGACCGUUGCAUACGUGACUUUUUGGCCAACAAGAUUCGCAUUCUGGUCACGCAUCAAGUGCAGUACUUGUUCGAUGUGGAGCACCUGCUGCUGAUGGGCAACGGCAAGAUUCUGGCCCAGGGCAGCUACCAGGAGCUGCAGCGUUCGCGGCAGUUCCAGUUCCUCGAGCAGACGCUGCACGACGAGAGCGGCAUCGGCGAUACGCACAGCCUGAAGAGUCAGAUAUCGCGUAGCGAUUCGGAAAAGAGCAUGGAGCACCAUCAUCAGCAGCUGCUGCAGCCGGGCGAGGAGGUGGAGGAGCUGAAUCAGGAGCAGCAGUCGGUGGGGGCCAUCAAGCUGCAUGUCUAUGCCUCGUACAUCAAGGCCUUGGACAGCACCUUCUUCCUGGGUCUCAUUGUGGCGCUGUUUGUCUGCGCCCGCGUCAUGCUCACUGGCGUGGACUACUUCUUGUCGCGUUGGGUCAUUUGGGAGGAGAAGAUUGCCAUUAAUGGCACUGCCGCCUUGCUGAGUGAAAGUGAACCCAUGCCCACCAAUGAUACGCUGGCCUUAAAUGCCACAGAUACACCUAUAACGCCGCUGAUUGCCGACAAGAUCGAGGCGGGGAUACGGCAGGAGCUGGUCCUCUUCUAUGCCACCAUACUGGGCGCCACGUUGAUUGUUUAUCUCCUCCGCACCUUUGGCUUCUUCAAGAUGUGCCUGCGCAUCUCGCUGCAUUUGCACGAUCGCCUCUUUAGGGGCAUCACCCGGGCCAGCAUGUACUUCUUCAAUACAAACUCCUCCGGAAGGAUACUGAAUCGCUUCUCCAAGGAUAUCAGGACUGUGGAUACGGAUUUGCCGCACACACUGCUGGACUGCAUGGCCUUCAUCAUCGAUGUCUCUGGAGUGGUGAUCAUAGUGGCCAUCGCCAACUACUGGCUGCUGGUGCCCGCUGCCAUCAUAGGCACAGUUCUGGGUCUGAUACGUUACCUCUACGUCAAUACCAGCCGAAGUGUCAAGCGCAUCGAGUCGAUAUCUCGCAGUCCUGUUUUCUCGCUGACAAACCAGACCUUCCAGGGUCUCACCACCAUUCGUGCUCUGCAGGCUCAGAGCGCCUUGGAGCUGGAGUUCCAUGAGUAUCAGAAUACCAACACCUCUGCCUGGUUCCUAUUCCUCUCCUGCACGCGUGCCUUUGCCCUCUGGUCGGAUCUUCUGUGCAUUGCUUAUAUGGCGGCUGUGACCUUUAGUUUCCUGCUGCUCAAGGAUGAGUUUGAGACCGGCGAUGUGGGUCUGGCUAUCCUGCACUCCACCACCAUGACAGGUAUGUGCCAGUGGGGCAUGCGUCAGACGGCCGAGCUGGAGAAUCAAAUGACCAGUGUGGAGCGUGUGCUGGAGUAUAUGGAGCAGCCACCGGAGGCGCCACUGGAGACGCUCGAGAAGUUCAAGCCAAAGACCGAGUGGCCGAGCAAGGGACGCAUCGAGUUUAUCAACUUUAAGCUGCGCUACUCACCCAAGGAGGCGCCUGUGCUGAGGGACCUCAACUUCACCAUUGAGCCGCGUGAGAAGAUCGGCAUUGUGGGCCGCACUGGAGCCGGCAAAUCGUCCAUCAUCCAGUCCAUCUUUCGUUUGGCCUGCAACGAGGGCAUGAUCCGGAUCGACGAUGUGGACAUUGAGCACUUGGGUCUGCACGAUCUGCGCAGUCAGAUCUCCAUUAUACCCCAAGAUCCGGUUCUAUUUUCGGGCACACUGCGCUACAACCUGGAUCCGUUGGACGAGCGUACGGACGAGGAGAUGUGGAAGGCGUUGGGCGAUGUAGAGCUGCGCUCCUACGUGUCCACGCUGAUUGGUGGCCUCAACUGUCGCAUGUACGACGGCGGCUCGAACUUUAGUGUGGGCCAGAGGCAGCUCGUCUGCCUGGCGAGAGCCAUCCUAAGGCACAACAAGAUUCUGAUUAUGGACGAGGCCACGGCCAACGUGGAUCCAGAAACCGACAAGCUUAUUCAGCAGACCAUCCGCUCUAAGUUCGGACACUGCACCGUCUUGACCAUAGCCCAUCGCCUGCACACUGUGAUGGACAGCGAUCGGGUGCUGGUAAUGGAUGCCGGCGAGGCCCGUGAGCUGGGACAUCCCUACGAGCUGCUGCAGCGUUCUGGCGGCUACCUGCGCCAACUGGUGGACAAUACGGGAGCGUCCACUGCCCUUGCCCUGCAACAGGCCGCCGAGCAGAGUUACAGCAAGCAGCUGCUGGGAGAUGACGACGACACUGCCGCCCAGGAUUUGAACAUAACGCUGGCGAUGGAGGAGAAGAGCCAGUAAACUGUACUUGCUGAAAAGAGGAAGUAGAGCAUAAGAACUGAAAGUAUUAUAUACAUAGCAGAAUAUGUACUUAAAGCUAACGAAUUACCUGUUGCCUUGUACUUACGGUAUAUACAUUUAUGUAUAAGCUAGCUUGUUUAUCGCCACGAAUUUAUGUAUAUGUAUCUGUAUCUGUAUCCGUUUCACUAUUAUGUAUCUUGUAAGUUUUGUACAUCAAAGUGUUCAAUCGGCAGGCGCACAAAGUUCAAUCAAAAUAUAUAGGACAUGUAUAGUGUAUUUAGGUACUUUUUUUAAUUAAAUCCAUGUAGCUAAUGUAGGAUUACAUUAGAGCAUACUUAAAGAUACGUACAAUCUCAAUAAAGUGCCUGAGAGUUAUUAA